AUGUCUGUACCCAAUUCUAGAAAACGAGCAGCACCGGGAGCAUCGCCUAUGGUGCCCAUACCACAGCAAAUGCAUCAACAAUAUAACACGGGGAACGCGGUGGGCAAUCAGGGAUUGCGUUGGAAUGGCAUGGCUGACCCUUCAAACUUCAUGAAUGGUACGGACGGCAUUGUGGAUGGAAGUUCGCAUGUGGGCAACUCGUAUGGUCACAUAGUUCCGGCACAGCAGCAAUACUCUCAACCUGCGCCGACUCCAUCAAACACGAUUGCGCGACGGCAAAUGAAUAAUGCGCUUGUUCCGACCAAUUCACGAAAUUUUGAUGGGACAGUUAAGCCAUGGGGAAACUACGGUGGUGACGACAACGCACUGCUUCAGGGAAAUCUUGAAACCCUGAACGAGCAGGACAAUAUCGAGGUGUUGGAGGAGAGGGCUCAGAAGGCAAAGAGGGAGGCCACAUCUAAGCGCAAGCAGAUUCCGCCGUUUGUGCAAAAGUUGAGCAGUUUCCUCGAGCAGCGCAAAAAUGAAGAAUUGAUCCGCUGGUCAGAAAAGGGAGAUUCGUUCAUCGUGUUGGACGAGGAUGAAUUUGCCAAGACCCUGAUUCCAGAACUUUUCAAACACAACAACUAUGCUUCUUUUGUUCGACAGCUCAACAUGUAUGGUUUCCAUAAACGCGUUGGGCUAUCGGACAACUCUAUGCGAGCCAGUGAGCGCAAGAACAAGAGUCCAAGCGAAUACUCCAACCCUUAUUUCCGACGAGGCCAUCCCAACCUUCUGUGGCUGAUCAACAAGCCUAAAAGUGGCAGUAAAGCAAAGAAGGGUGCCAAGGGCGCUGAAGGGGAGAAUGACAGUGAAGACGAGGCUGUUAACGAGGAGGUGCUUGCAUCUGGGUUGGGACCUUCUGCUGCUCAACCUCCCCGACCACUACCAGCUGGUGAAUCUCAGGCACCGCCUAAGAAAGAGAUGUCCCUCAUACGGGAAGAGUUGAGCAGGGUCAGGGAGCAGCAGAGGCUCAUUCUUACGGCAAUAACUCGCCUACAACGGAACAACACUGAGCUCUACAACCAGGCCAUCAUGUUCCAAAGCCAGCACGACCGCCACCAAAACUCCAUCAACGCGAUCCUUAGCUUUCUUGCCAAUGUCUUCCGGAAAACAUUGGAAGAUCAGGGCAACUCGCAGAACGUUGGCGACAUCAUCUCGAUGAUUACGAAUCAGAACCAGCAGUCUACACAGCAUGGAAGUGUGUUUGAGCUGGGUGAUUAUGUCCAACAGAUGAAUCCCAACUCAUAUGGAACACCCGGCAAGAAGGCCAGGGGACUUUUACCUGCACCCCAUCAGAAUAAUCGCGCCCAGACAGUCAGAUCAACUUCAACUCCAAGCCGUUCUACCCCUACCAGCGCGGGCUAUCAGUCUGCCAACCAUCAUAACCAUAACCCUGAGACGGGUCAUGUUACAGAACUCCAUGACAACUCCCCUAGCGACACAAACUCUCCCAACCUCCGUCAAGAGCUUGAGGAAAACCCCUCACAACGCAUGAUGAGUCUCAUCCAGGAACACAACAACGGCAAUGGUGUGGACAUUCCCGACGUAGCAGAUUUGGUAGCUAGCGCGCCCAAUGCAUUGAGCAAUGCUCAACGAAACAUGGUCAACUUCAUGGCUGGGCAGUCGUCUAGUGCUCCUUCAGUCAGGUCAACUCCCGCUCCCCAAACUCCUGCUUCCGCCACACCAGCCCCUGCUGCUGCACAAGUCCCAACGUCCAAUUCCAACAUGGCCAUGCCCACCAUGCCUCCCUCUGCUUCCGUCUCACCCCCACCAACCGAAUCCAACCCACCUCCCUCACUCUCCCCCAUCAUGGGACCACCAAUGGCGCCGCCUUCUAUUAACGAGAUCAACUCCAACCAAAUCGAUUUGGACCAACUUCAGCGCCUUCAGAGUGAACAGGACACUAAGAUCCAUGAGCUCAGUAACAUGCUUGGGCCGCUGAGUCCUUCUGGACAAAUCCCCGGCAUUGGUGAUGAUGCGGGCGCAUACUUUGACCCUAACACGCCAGAUUUUGGCCAGUACUUUGAUAUCAACCAGUUCACUGAUGGUAAUGAUUUCAAUUUCGCUAUAGACACGGAUUCAAACCAACCAAACCAAGCAUCACUGCACUCAGGACAUGUUAUGCCUCAUAUGAGUCAUACCAAUACUGCUAGUCCUGCGGGCACAGAAGAAAUUCUCCGUGAUGAUUUACGGCUAGAACACACUCCCGAUCGAGGGACCAAACGACAGCGCGUGGCCUAG